CUCACAGCUCAUCAAAUACCUGACCUCUCUCUACCACUUCUGCUUAUUCGACUCAAUUACUUGCUACAGUGCUCGCCACAACCUCACCAGCGAUGGCGGUCAGAUGGGCAAAAUGCAAACGUUCAGUGGUCAACUUGUGUCCGGUAUAUUCAGUGCUUUUACUUUUCAAGGCUCAAAUAAGAGUCGCAAGACGAACAAUUUGUUGGCCUCAUCUGAUGAAUCGGCCAGCCAGAUGGAGUUAUGCAACAACAUGUUGGCCCUGUUGCCUAAUGUCACAACAACAGCUUGCAGUAUCUGGAUCUUUCUAAAAACAUCUCAUUCCAUUGAGGAUGAGGAUGAUGAUGAGGGGGAGGGUGGCUGUGAUGAUGUGAACAGAGUCGAUAAAGACUGGACUCAGAGAAUGAAGCAGCGAAUUCUCGACCUGCUGAAUCCAAUCGCCAACAGCCAUCAACAUUCACUAUUGACCGCACUCGCCUUGCUGUGGAAUAACAACAUGAUCAUGUCUGCUUAUGAGGAUAUGGUCAGCCCGCCCCUGACUCGCUGCCACACAACCAUCAUUGAGAUCAUAUGCCAGUUGAAACACGUCUCUUUCAACUCUCUUCUGACCAGCAUCAAACAGAUCAUCAAACAACCAUCUUCAACUACUUCCACCAACAACAAUGUUCAGGCACAGAGCAAGUACGUUUCAUUGGAAGCCAGUUUAUUGCAGCUGCUUCUUGCAUACAUGAGGCGCAUGCCAGAUGCUUCUGUGGUAGAAUCAACAACGGCGAUCAUCACAUUCAUCAAGGAUGUCUUCCAAGCAAAUGUUGAUCAUACAGCUGUCUUCGUCCUUGUUAGCAUUCUGCACUGCCUGCUUCAGAAGGGGCCAACAUUUGAGGAGAGGAGGGACCACAAGGACAUUCACGACAUAACGUACAAACUGCUUGAAGCAUGCAGCAACGUAGCUGGCCUGUCAUUGGAGCAAGCUAACUUCUUCCGGAGACAUCUUGCUGUCAAGUCCGAUCUCGUAGCAGACGAGAAUAAGAAUGAGGACGCAGUUAUUGCCGGUUCCAAGACUUUCAACGCAACUACAUAUUCACAGAGUGUUCAGGGUUUGUACGUCUUGGCUGAAGUGACAGCCACACUAUUGGACGUUGCAUUCCAAAGUGAUGAGAAGGAUAAGGUCACCCCUCUCCUCAACAACAUUCUCUCCAACGUCUUUCCAUACCUCAGAAAUCAUAGGAUGACGAACUCUCCUAGCUACACUGCCUCUUCGAAACUACUGUGCAAUCUCAGUGAGUACCAGUACACGCGAAGGUGUUGGCGCAAGGAGUGCAUGGACCUCAUGUUGGAUGCCAACUUCUUCCAAAUGAACAUCAAAUCCCUCCAACUCUGGACCGCCAUCGCCGACAACCUCAUGUCACAUGACAAGUCUUCCUUUCUUGAUUUGUUAGCUCGGUUCAGUUUAGCACAAACCAGCUCUUUAAACUUAUUCAGUUCUCGAGAAUUCGAAUCGGAACAGAAAAGGCAACUAAUCAAACGGCUGUCCUUCACAUUAUUUUGCAGUGAAGUUGAUCAAUACCAAAAGAGCAUGCCUGAUAUUCAAGAGAAGCUGUCGGAUUGUUUGCGACUUCCAAACUUUCCUGCUUUGCAUGCUGAGGUGUUUAAUUGUUUUAGAGUCCUUGUGCUCAGAAUGUCGUCGUUGUUGUUAACUUCCAUCUGGCCUACAAUGAUUACAGAAUUGAUUCAGGUUUUUGUAAAUAUCGAACAGAAGUUAGGAACUUUUGACCCUGAUGAAAAUGCAAGGUGGAUUCGAUUUGAAUUCAUUCACUUACAAACGUUAAAUUAUAAGACAACAGAUUUGCUAGUGGAUUCAAAUGAGGAACGCAUCAACCUGUUGUACCUGUCAGCCUGCAAGCUCCUGGACCUUUUCAUUGCAUUGCCACAUGAAAAUCUUCCGCAAUUUCAACUAUACAAAUGGGCGUUCAUAGCUGAAUCGUCCUCUCCUACCACCACGACACUUGCCUCCACAGUCGCUUCAGAUUACUUGAAUACUUUCAGACAACAAAAUACCACAUUUAUGCCACACGUUGUUAAAAUAUCUAGGCUGAUGCAAUCAAAGUUCGGUCUUAUGAUGCCCUCCUCUAAAGUGAGGCCUCAUCAAUUGACGCUCACCAACAUCAGAGUGACUUCGCUGAGGGAUUUGCAAGAGUUUUUUGUUACAAUAGCGAGUGACGCAUCUACAAAUAUUAAACCCUUCAGGCACGAUUUUGGACCAUCAUCUGCUACGGAGACAUCCAAACAGUCAUCAAUAAUCAAAUCCAAAUCUUAUUCUAAUUUCACAACGGGCGGUCCGAAAAUCUUUCGAGAUGUAGACGUAAAUCCCAUUGAAGCCAUCGAACAAUCCAUUUUGAACGACUUCUUAGAAAAAAUGACUUGAUUUUAUGUUAUAUAUUUUUAGCUAUAAAAACUCACCUUUAACAUUAUGUAACAUUAAGUACUCAAAUUAAAAACGUUAGUUUUAACAUUUGGAUUUAUUUUAAUGUAUUUAUUUUUUUAAAUUUUGCUUACAGAUGUGUGAAUAA